CAUGAGCACCACCACACCUUUUACCUUUACCUGCAGCUGCUGCUGACUUUCUUUGUCUGAGAGUGUGUGUAAAAAGUAUCGAUAUGAGAUGACCUGAAGCAAAGAUCAACCCCAUCAUCCAGAUCAAAAGCGUUUUCUGUGACAGCUGCAUGUCCCACCCCACAGCCAUCAUGGAGGAGGUAGCAACAGAUGAUAUCUAUGCGUACGCUCUGUCCAAGACGCUGACAAAGGUUUCCUCACCAGCAACAGUGGGUCUCUACUCUUCUUGUCAGGAUCGACUGGAUGUGAUUCUCAAUAAGAUGGAAGUAUACACAAGUCGGGAAUCCAUAAGGAUUGAACAAAGAUCCAACAAAAGUUCAAAGCCCCGUGCAGCCAAGCUGUCAUUCACAGGCCUAAUGUCUCUCAUCUGGAAGCUGCUCUUCUGCACACCAGUCUGGACCAAACAGAACCAGAAUCACCAUAAUGUCAGGUUCAUUUAUGUGAAUUUCAGCGCUUGGCAUUUUGCAGGCUGUGACCUACUAUGGGCUGGGAUUGCCAUACGGUUGUUUCACGCCAUGCAGAUGAACUUUGGGAAACUGGCCCUUGCACUCUACCGUGUUACUCAAUACGACGAAGAGGACGAAGUGAAGGAAAAGGUGGUGAAAGAUGGCCCCAAAAACUGGAUUUCCAAGAAAGUUUGCUGCUGCCCCCUGUGGUUUUUCAUCCUGUCCAUCAUUGCUGUCCCUGUAGUCCUUGUAGUUGUCCUGUUUGUUUGGGGUCUUCCUAAAGCUGGUGUAAGCACAGAGGACCAAGAGACUGAUGCGACUAGUGAGGUGGGUGUACUGGAGGGCUUCGUCAUUGCAUCGUUAGGAGUCCCGGCGGCGAGUGCACUGAGGUUUAUCCUGCAGAUGGCCAAGAACCUCAUCUUCAGCCAGGAUCGGAACAUUACAAAGGGAAUGGACAACGACCGGAUCAGCAGCCAAAUGGGUUUUAUGAACGAAGUCAGGAAGGAGAUUUGGUUUCUGACUCAAUUCAUCAAGUUUAUGGAGGUUUUUGAAAGAAGAAGGAUUUGUAUUAUAUUGAAAAUCACUAACCUGGACCGUUGCUCCCCCAAGAAAAUCGUUGCGGUUCUGGAGGCCAUCAAUAUUUUAGUUUCAGAUGAGGGAAGCCCAGUUCUUUCCAUUCUGGCUGUAAAUCCCAAUGUUCUGUUAGAAAAAGUGAAAUUUGCAGAAAGCUGCUUCUGUAAAGAGGACAGAGCUCACGCUCUGCUGAACCGCAUCGUUACUCUGGCCUUCACAGUCCCACCAAUGUCUGAAAAUUUAAAGAGCAACUUAUUUCACAGUCUUACCAAAAGGUCAGGAACAUCUGAAGAUUCCCCCUUAAGGAAGAGCACACACAGGAGAAAGACAUCCUCAAUAGAUCUGUCUGUGGUGGAUAUUGAUGAAUCAAAGGAGUCAAUUCCACUGAUGAACAAUAAGACAGAUACCCUGGAUGUGGACGAAGACGAACUGGAGAAAAUGGUCAAAGGGAUCCUGAGUAAUGCAGAGAAAAAGCUAAACAAGUACAUGUUAGAUGACGCCAUCUCAAUGAAGAGGAUGAUCAACUCAGUCUGGGUAACCUGGAUAAUCAUGAAGGUGUUGAAGAAAGAGUUUCCUGCUCCAGAGCACACUGCAGCAUGGGUGGUCCUAGCCAACCAGUGGCCCUGUCGAUUCAGCUGGAUCAUCCAGUGUGUGGAGGAUGAAAAGCAGAGAGCAGCUAUUGAUCAACAGAACAUGAGCACUGAUGAUUCAAAGACCCUAUGGAGGGUCUUCAGCGAGUCCAGGGAGGAGCUGUAUGUGAUGCGGGCACACAUCCAAGACCUCCUGGAGCAGGACGGGGAUCCUGAAGUGUUCGAAGCGUUGCUCAAGGACGAAGAGUUUGAGUUUACCUUAAAGAACCUGGAGGUGUUUCAAGUGGCGAUGGUGAACCUGGAUCAGUCGAUCAGGAGGGAGCUGGCUCUAAUCAGAGGGACAUCCGGGCUGAAAGACUCGGGCUGGAUGAGGAACGUUGCUCCUCUUCCGGUUACAAGUCUUAUCAAAAUGACCACAGAGGAUAUCUGCAAAGAGAUGGAAAGGAUGGACUUGGAGAGUAAAUACAUUGAUACGGUGAAAGACCAUAAGCUCAAUGGCUCUGCUCUGGUCUUCGGUGAUGCAGAGGAUCUGAAAGCCCUCCUGGGUAUGACGUUUGGCGAAUGGGCAACUUUCAAAUUGCACUUCUUGAGUUUCGUCUCACCUCUCCGGUCACGGUAUGACAACAUGCUGCAGGUACCUUCUAACAACCAGCUGUCAAAGUUUCCGCAUCACGCCCCCCACAAUUACUCAUCUACGCCCAGUCUGUGUUAGCGUCUGCUUUCUGUAACACAACAUACCACCCAUCCACUAAAGUAAAUCUUGAAUAGAACAAGGUUGGAAGUUGUUCUUACAGUGUUUGAAAGUAAAAAUAUUUUUCAACUCUUGCCCAGUUUUGUAUAGCUUUAAAAACCAUGUAACAAUGUGUUAUUUAGCUAUUGAAAUGUCAUGUUUUUUGUACACCUUUUGUUCCUGGCUUCAAGGAUUUGAGCUAAAUUCACACAGUGACAGUUUUCACCCAGAUAUAUUGAUUCACUGCUGAAUUGCAGCUUAAAUGUGUUGAUUGCCAGUUGCGGAGACUUUUUUUUAUUUGGGGGGUGGGGGCAAGAUGGGGGCAAGUCUAUGUCAGGGGCAUCAACAGACUAUGAGAAUUUGUUUCUAAAACCAUUUUCUUGCUACCACUCUAUAAGGGUGGGCACCAGAAUGGAGGACUGGCUGGGUUUGAUCACUGACAGGUUAUCAAACCAGAUCCAAUAAGGAAAUACUAAACAACCAACUUAGAUCAUCACCAAAAUAAAACUAGUACCCCUUUAAAGCAAAGUACUACUACUGUAUUGCAUUCCUUGUGUAACAAAUGUUAUACAUCCCCCUCCACGGGUAGACUUUGCUCUUUCUACCCGUAAGCUAACAUAACCUUUAAAAACAAAUUCAGUGUGGACCAAGUGUCCUGAACAUGUUAUUAACAUGUUGGAAUGAAAGAUCUUUCCAUCCAAUCAUCCAUACAUUUUCCGUCACCCUUAUCCCUAUUGGGGUCACGAGGGGUGCUGGUGUCUAUCUCCAGCAUUCAAUGGGCGAGAGACGGGGUACACCCUGGACAGGUCGGCAGUCUGUUGAAAGAUCUUUCAUUCCCAAGAAUGUAUUAUUUUUAUUUUAUCAGAGCAAUCACAUAGGCAAAAAACAGAAUAAGGUGGUACAUUGUUAGUUCUGUAUCAUUUCCUUCUCUCUGGCUCCUCUCAGAUGUUGUUUCAUGAUAAGUUCUCACUUCCAUUCUAUUUUUUUCAACCCUCUUUAUUGCCUCUGCAUAUCUUAUCUCAUUGAUUGUUUUAACUGACUAGAGUUGCACGAUCAGCCGCGAAGGCGCUGAAAAUAUUCAUGUACCACUUCAGAGGCAACUGAGCACAAUAUUAUUUUUGAAAGCUUUUUAUGGAUUAUCUCUCAGGUUUAACAAUGAAAAUUGAUUUAUUUGGUGCUGGUCCACGAUUUCAAAAAAUGUUUGCUAAAUGUUUGACUUAAACCCUUCUAGAAACUCAACACCAGAGAGUGCCGAGUACAAGUUACAAGUUAUCGCCUUUAAAAAAAUAAAAAUUAAAAAUAGCUCGAUCAUGAAAUCACAUUUGUUAAUUCAUGUAACGUCACUUUAAGCAUCAUGCUUCAGGGUACUUUUAUGAUAUCUAAUAAGGCAGCUCAACACUGUUCAUGAUGCAGUAAAGCUGUAAUUCUUUAUUUCUUGCUAAUAAAUGCAAACUCAAAAAUGGAAUGUAAACACAGUGUUCAA